AUGUCAACAUCUUGUAAAACUAUUCUUGCUUCUAGAGUAUCUGCUUCUUUUAGAAAUCAAAUUAAAGAAGAUAUAAAGACACGUAAUAUUCGACCCAAACUAGUUGGAUUUCUUGCUAAUAAAGAUCCUGCUGCUAUGAAAUAUGCUGAAUGGACAUCAAAGACCUGUGCAGAAACAGGUGUUGAUUUUGAACUUCGUACUGUAGAUAAAAUGGAUCUGGAAGAAAAGAUUACAGAGGCCAAUGAAGAUAGAUUAGUAAAUGGUAUCAUGGUUUAUUAUCCUGUAUUCGGAGGAAAACAGGAUUUAUAUCUUCAAAGCUGUGUUAGUGAGCUUAAGGAUGUGGAAGGCUUAUGUCAUAAAUUUGUUCAUAAUGUGUAUCAUAAUAUUCGUUAUAUGGAUGAAAAGGAGACGAUGAAAUGUAUUAUUCCUUGCACUCCUCUUGCUUGCGUCAAGAUCCUUGAAUAUAUCGGCGUUUAUAAUCCAGUUAUCCCUUAUGGUAAUCGUCUUUAUGGUCGUACGAUUGCUGUCAUCAAUCGUAGUGAAAUCGUAGGUCGUCCCUUGGCCGCUAUGCUUUCUAAUGAUGGUGCUAAAGUUUAUUCAAUUGACAUUAGUGGUGUUCAGCUCUUUACUCGUGGUUCAGGUAUUAAACUCUCUGCUCAUAAAGUAGAAGACACUGAAUUCACACCUGAACAAGUGAUACCUAAAUGUGACGUCGUCAUUACUGGUGUUCCUACUCCUAAUUACAAAUUAUCAACUUCCUUAUUAAAAGACGGUGUAGUUGCUAUCAACUUUUCGUCUUUUGCAAACUUUGAAGAAGACGUCAAGACAAAGGCGUCUAUCUUCGUGCCUUCAGUAGGUAAAGUUACAGUAGCCAUGUUGGAACGUAAUUUACUUAGAUUACAUGAUUAUCAAAAUAACUUGACAGAAAAAUCAAAACAAUCAUAG